AUGAGGACGGGACGCACGGACGGGACGGGGGCCUGCAUCAGGUUCCUGCUGGUGUUUCUGCUGCAGACGAGCGUCCAGGCCCAGUUCAUCUGUUCUGGCCCGCCGUCGGUGAGCUUCAGAGAAAAUAACACCGCCGGCGCCGUGGUGGCCAACUUCACCCUUGAGGAGGGCGUGGAGCUCGCGUUCCGAUUCCCCUUUGACCACCCGUUCGGCAUCAGGGGCAACGAGGUGUUUGCUAAGGAGCCGCUGGACUACGAGACUGAAACCACAUACGUGGUGAACCUCCUCUGCAUGUCUCUAUCCUCCGGCCCUGAGCUCAAUCUGGUGCUGGUCGUCACCGUGGAGAACAUCAACGACAACCCGCCGGUGUUCCCGCAGAGCCAGGUCCCCCUCAGGAUCGACGAGUUGUUACCUGUUGGCACUUCUGUUGGUUCAUUUCCUGCCACAGACAAGGACCCGGACACAGAGCUGCUGUACAGGCUGACCUCAGAUCAGGACUACUUUGAGCUGCAGCCGCCCAGCAGCCCCAACCUCGUGGUGCGGAAGCUUCUGGACUUCGACAGAGUCAAACAGGUGACGCUGACGCUGUUCGUCCAGGACACGCCGAGCCCCCCCCCGGACGGCGAGCCCUCCUUCACCGCCUCCACCACCAUCCUGGUCUCUGUAUUGGACGUGGACAACAGGCCGCCGUGGUUCCUGCCGUGCAAGGAGGACGUCGUGGGCGGUGCCAUGAUCUGCCAGGGCGCCGGCUACAGCGGCAGCGUGGUGCUGACGGAGCAGGAGGUGGGAGUCUUGCCGCUCACGCCUGGACCGCUGUACGCCAUCGACGGAGACUUUGGGAUUAACGAGGAGAUAACGUACAGGUUCCUGAGCGGAAAUGAUGCCGGCCUGUUUCAGAUCGGUGCAGAGAGCGGGAACAUCACGAUGGUCAGAGCGGCCGACGUCCCGGGACCGAUCAACCUCACAGUGCUGGCGGCACAAAAGCUCAACAGUUUUCAGUACGCCACCACCAAGGUCACGAUCCGGGUUCUGCUGCGGAGCCGGAACCCUCCGCGCUUUGAGAGGACAAGCUACGGUGCCGUGGUGACGGGCGUCGGCACGAUGGCGCUCGACUCGGACAACACGACCCAGCCUCUCCGGAUCCAGGCCACGGACGCUGACUUUGCUGGGGGAGUUAAUCCUGAUGUGACCUACAACAUUAAAGGCAGCAGUGGUUUCUCUCUCAUCGGAGGCUAUUUAUUCAUGACUGAGGAUCGUCCGCUGGGUUCAGUUACCUUCCAGGUGGCGGCAGUGGACACGGUGAGCGGAGAGAUGGCCACAGCUGAGCUCAGCGUCGAGGUCACAUCAGGGCUCACCACCACACAGGCCACACCCACCACACAGACCACGCCCACCGAGGAGACCACUGGUGUUCCCACCAGUAACUCCAGCAUGACCACUGAAGACAGCCACUCCACCGCCAGCACAGCCCCACCUCCCACAGGGGGCGUGCCCGGCGUGAUGGGCGGCUACGGGCCGGAGGCCAUGGCGGCGCUCGGCGCCAGCCUGGCGGUCCUGCUGGCGGUGUGUCUGCUGGUCAUCGGGCUGCUGCUCUGUCGCAUGAAGAAGAGCAAAGCAGACUGGAGGAAGAUGACUGAGGCCAACGUCUUCCGCAGCUCUCUGGCUCAGGGUCCGGGCGGCCAGUUCACCAACGAGGCCUUUCAGAGCGACGAGGACGCCGUCAGCUCGCACUCCGCCGCCUCGCAGGAGGUGGACCUGAAGCCGGGCGGCGGCCAGCAGGGGAUCGAGGCCGUGAGCGUCCUGGGUAAAGAGGCUGGAAUAAAGUCGACCGCCGCCCCGUACAUCGUCCCACACGCCGUCCUGCCUGGCGACAGCAGCUCGCGGGGCUCGAACAACGACGAGGACGAAGUGGAGGUGAAACCCAUCCUGACCAAGGAGAGACGCGCGGAGGACGGAUACAAAUCUGUUUGGUUCAAGGAGGACAUCGACCCCAACGCCAAACAGGAAGUGGUCAUCAUCCCCGACAACAGGGAGGGGGAGGGGGAGGGGGAGGAGGGGUCCUCUGAUGAAGAGGACGGUCCACCAGCGUCACAGCUCGUGUUCGACGCCGACAUGGACAGCGGUCUGGGCGUCAAGAUGGAGGAUCCCGAGUCUGAUGAUGAUGAUAGAAUGCUGACCUCAGAUCUGUGAGAGGAUCUGACCCAGGAUCUGCUCCAGGAUCUGCUCCAGGAUCUGCUCCAGGAUCUGACCCAGGAUCUGCUCCAGGAUCUGACCCAGGACCUGACCCAGGAUCUGCUCCAGGAUCUGCUCCAGGAUCUGACCCAGGAUCUGCUCCAGGAUCUGACCCAGGAUCUGCUCCAGGAUCUGACCCAGGAUCUGCUCCAGAUGUCCCAUCAUAAACACUGUGAUUAGGAGCGAGGAGACGCCGCCAGCCGAUUAAUCAGUAAACAGCAGAUCUGAUGGUUACCAUGACACCACAGACUGUUUGUUUUAUUACAUCUGAAGAUACAAAACAUCAAGGACACACACACACACACACACACACACACACACACACACACACUGUAUACAAAGCCAUGUACAGUACACACACACACACACACACACAGGUAUAAUAAGUGAAUAUAAUUUGUUUCCUCAGUGACUUGAUUUUUUACUUUUCCAUUCAAUGUUUUGUAGAAUUAUUUAAGUUGUAAUUAGUUGUUGUAAUAAUUGGUUGAGCUGUUUGUGAUGUUUGUAAAUAUUAAAUCAUUAUUCAGCCCCA